CCAACUGAGAUGCUGCCCCCAGAAGAUCCCCCGGACGGAGGAUGGGGCUGGUUGGUGGUCCUCGCGGGAUUUCUGGCCAACUCGCUCACUUUUGGCAUUCUGAGAUCUUUCGGCGUCCUCUUUGAGGACCUGGUGGGGGCUUUCCAGGCCACCACGGCCCAGGUGUCCUGGGUGACGGCCAUCGCCUUGGCAACCAAGCAGUUUGCAAGUCCGCUGGGCACUGCUGCAAGUACGCGCUACGGAGCCCGUCCUGUGGUCAUGCUGGGGGGGCUACUGUCUUCAUUGGGCACCUUUGGGGCCGCCUUCAGCACCUCCUUAUUCCAGUUGUACCUCAGUCUGGGAUUCCUGACAGGGCUGGGCUGGGCCUUCGCCUUCGCCCCCACAAUGGGCACCCUCUCACGCUAUUUCUCCACCCGACGGUCGCUGGCCAUGGGGCUGGCCUUAACCGGGAAUGGACUGACCUCUUUUGCCCUAUCUCCCAUCUUGCACCUGGUGACCGACCGCCUUGCCUGGCGAGGCACCCUGAUGGCCACCUCCGCCCUCAGCCUCCACCUGGUGCUUGGCGGGGCCCUCCUUCGCCCGCUGGCCUUACGGGGAGACCCCCCUAAGUUGACCGCCAUCUUUGACGUGGGCCUCUUGGCUCAGCGAGGUUUUGGGUCAUUUGCUCUGGGCACUGCCCUCCUGGCCGCUGGGUACUUCACCCCCUACGUCCACCUGGACGCCUAUGGACGGGCGCUGGGCAUCGAACCAUACAGCGCGGCCUUCGUGGUUUCGCUCGCCGCCUUAGCUGACGCCCUGGCCCGGCUACUGGCCGGCUGCGUGGCCGACCGGCGUCUGCUGCCCCCUAUUUACCUCCUGGUAGCCUUCAACACCUUGGUGGGGCUCACCCUCCUCUUCCUCCCCGCCUCCUCCUCCUAUGCCGGCCUGCUCCUCCUGGCCGUACUCUACGGCGCCAGCGCGGGAAGCUUCGCGACGGUAGCCUUCGGGGUCUUGCCCGAGUUGGUUGGCGUCAGCCGCGUUGUGAACGCCACGGGGCUGUGCAUGAUGUCGAUGAGCCUCGGGGGGUUGCUAGGACCCCCCCUCUCAGGUUUCCUGCGGGACCAAACCGGAGACUUUACUGCCUCGUUCCUGAUCGGGGGAGCCUUUGUCCUCUCUGCCAGCCUGGUCUUCUUCCUUGGCCUCCCCUCCCCCUCGCCCGGCUGCCGCAGCGCCCAGCGAAACGAGAUGUCCAGCAUUGUGGGACAAUAA